CAACUGAAUAUAAUAAUAUAUAAAAAGUCAACAAUUCGACCGUUGGAGUCUAAAGAAAUAUAUCCGUUGGAAAACCACAUUCAUCACCACCCAUCAGGCGUUAUUCAACAAACAACCCUUUUAAGUAGAGAGUUCAUUCCCGUUUCGCUUCUGCUUCCUUCACCGCUCCUACAAAAUUCCUAUCCCCAUUUUCUUCCAUUACAACUCAAACCAGAAAGAAAAGACUUACCAUGGCGACCGAAACGAAAGAUUCUGGCGCCGCCACGCACAUAGUCGAAAUCCCAGCAGAGAAUCAGAACAUUAUGAUCUCUGUAAUAGAACAACACCCAUUGAGACAAAUCUCCGAAAGCUCCGGCCAUUUAUUGCUUUUAAAGCUCUGGCAACGAGAGGAGCAUCUGUUCGGCCUACGAAUCGGGCGGCGAGAGACCAAACUGGAGUCUCUAAAGCAACAGAUCUUCCAACUCUGCUGCUACUUUUUCCUGUUCCAUGCCCUGUCUCUGACUCUCUUGUUCACUUCGUCCGAUCCCAAUGUGUGCCACAAAUGGUGGGUUCCGGGAGUGGCAAUGGGGGCGACGUCGGGCGUGUUUGUGAUCGUGGUGCAGCUGAAAUUGUGGCUGUAUUGGAAGGCAUCAGCGCAGCUGCAAAGGGAGAAGAGUGAGAACAGAGCACUUACAAGGAUUGUUCAAGAGCUGAGGAUGAAAGGGUCGUGUUUUAAUUUGUCCAAAGAGCCUCAAAUUGGGCAUAGGAUGAAGAGCUCUAGUGUGGAGAUUAAAUGGGGGCCUCUUACUUGGUUGUCAAGGAAUUUCGUCACCAUUUUUCUUCUGUGCUUUUCUGGCAUUGUUUUUGGUGCUUCCAAGUUCAUACUCUGUGGCCUUUAAAGUAUAGGUAAUUUGAAGUUGCAGAGAUAAAAUUGCUGCAUCUUCCAGGUUGGUGAAGCAGCUGUGUUGAUGUAGCAACAAGAAUAGUGUUGUGUUUGAAGAAAAUUAUAAGCAACACUGCUUGUGGUGCACAUUGUUUUGUUUUGUUGUAGGCAUGAUUAGGAACUUGGCCAUAUUUAGUAACUUUUGUGUCUACUUAUUCAUAAUGUUCUUUGGAAAAGCUCCCAUUUAUAAUUAGUAGUUUCGGGUUAGUAUCUGUAAUUCUUAGCAUCAUCAAUAGAAAGAUCUUAAAUUGACAUAUAGAUACAAUUUUACCCAAG